AAUAAAUUAAUUGAUUUGAUAUUUGAUAUUUCCUAGCUAUGAUUUCAUUGUUUAAAUUGUCAUCUCUAUCCAGACUAUCGACUUUCGAUAGUUUUGUGUGACCAGCUUCCACUCAUUAAUCCGCAUUGUUUACCUCGCAUUCCUGCUGGAGUUUUCGCCAAUUCUAAUUGUUUAAAUAAAUACUUGUAAACAAAUCUCAGGAAAGAUGACUGCCGUUCCGCCCCCCGCUAACAUCUCCACUCUGAUGCCACUGGAAUUGGUGGACAAAUGCAUUGGCUCCCGCAUCCAUAUCAUCAUGAAGAACGACAAGGAGAUGGUCGGUACCCUGCUGGGAUUUGAUGACUUUGUCAACAUGCUUCUGGACGAUGUCACGGAGUACGAGAACACUCCAGACGGACGCCGCAUCACCAAACUGGAUCAGAUUUUGCUCAAUGGCAACAACAUAACGAUGUUGGUGCCUGGUGGCGAGCUGGCGGAGUAGCAAAGUUCAAUUUGUAAACAAAUACAUUUGUAAAAUAACCAAAAAGAACGAGUUUCAAUGUGUGGAUAAAUUUACAUUUAGAUUAACAGUUACAGUUACUGUUCUUUAACAGACUGAGUGUUAACAUGUUUCGCCUAGCAGAGAACUGUUAAUCAGUUCUGUUAAGUUUGGUAAAAGGGAAAAGACUUUAUAAUAAAUUAAAUAUGGCAAAUAGAAGCCGGAAAUUUGGUAAA